CCCAGUCCAGCUAAAGAGAAAGCAUCCUCCAUUGGAAGACUAAUCACACAUCSUGAAGUCAAGGUUCAGUCUCCAGAUCAGCUGCUUCCGUGUCUCCCAGUCCACCCUGAAUCGCCGGUUGCUCUCUCCAGUGUGGUCAGCCCCCACCUGAAACAAAGAAAGGCGUUCCUCUCAGAUUCUGUGUCUCCAGUGGAAGAAAUCCCAAGAUGGCCAGUCAAGCCCAGAGGUCUGACGCCAUGGCCCACGGUUCGGUGACAUUUUCAGAUGUGGCCAUAGACUUCUCUCAGGAGGAGUGGGCCUGUCUGACCUCUGCCCAGAGGGACCUGUACUGGGAUGUCAUGCUGGAGAACUACAGCAACCUGGUCUCACUGAAUUUGGAAUCAUCCUAUGAGGCUAAGAGCUUAGCUAUACAGAAGAGUAUUUACAAAAUGAGUCUUCACAAAAGGAAUUCAGGUAGCAAGAGUCAGUCUCAUCCCCUGACCAGGAUGCCUGAAGGUGAGUCUGAAGUCCCACAGGGCUCUCAAGAGAGACAUCGCAGUCGAGUAAAAGUCAACUCGAGAAAGGCGCCUGCCAGCAGAGACCGCACCCCUCCGCGACCCCACGCCCGGCCGCACGGCAAGGAGAGCUCCUACGAGUGUAAGGAGUGCGGCAAGGCCUUCAGCCGCGGCUACCAACUCAGUCAGCACCAGAAGAUCCACACGGGCGAGAAGCCCUACGAGUGCAAGGAGUGUAAGAAGGCCUUCCGCUGGGGUAACCAGCUCACUCAGCACCAGAAGAUCCACACCGGGGAGAAGCCCUACGAGUGCAAGGACUGCGGCAAGGCCUUCCGCUGGGGCUCCAGCCUCGUCAUCCACAGGAGGAUCCACACCGGGGAGAAGCCCUACAAGUGCAAGGACUGCGGCAAGGCCUUCAGGCGCGGCGAUGAGCUCACUCAGCACCAGCGGUUUCACACCGGGGAGAAAGACUACGAGUGCAAAGACUGUGGGAAGACCUUCAGCCGUCUGUACAAGCUCAUCCAGCACAAGAGGAUCCACAGCGGGGAGAAGCCCUACGAGUGCAAGGACUGCGGCAAGGCCUUCAUCUGCGGCUCCAGCCUCAUCCAGCAUAAGAGGAUCCACACUGGCGAGAAGCCCUAUGAAUGCCAAGAGUGUGGGAAGGCCUUCACGCGGGUCAACUACCUCACCCAGCACCAGAAGAUCCACACUGGGGAGAAGCCUCACGAGUGCCGGGAGUGUGGGAAGGCCUUCCGCUGGGGCUCGAGUCUGGUGAAGCACGAGAGAAUCCACACGGGUGAGAAGCCCUACAAGUGCACCGAGUGCGGGAAGGCCUUCAACUGCGGCUACCACCUCACUCAGCAUGAGAGAAUCCACACCGGGGAGACGCCUUACAAAUGUAAGGAGUGUGGGAAGGCCUUCAUUUAUGGGUCAAGCCUUGUCAAACACGAGCGAAUUCAUACAGGAGAGAAACCCUAUAAGUGUAUGGAGUGUGGGAAGGCCUUUAGUCACGGCCAUCAGCUCACACAGCAUCAGAAAACACAUAUUGCAAAGUCGUACACGUGUAAGGAUUGUGGAAAGGUAUUCAACCAUGCGAACCAUCUUAGAGAGCAUCAGAAGACACAUAACAGCUGAAACCUGCCAACACACAYGACACACCAAGGCCUCCCUCCUGCAUUCACUCCUUCCUCAACAUGAGGGAAACCCAUGAUUUAAUUUAACAUAAGAAAGCCUUCACUGGUCAUCCUUCUAAUUACAGAACAUCACAAGUCACACUAGAGGCCAACUUGGAGAGUUGGAGAAGUCACUUUUCUUAAUGAGUAUGACAUGCUCAGUCAUUUUUACUGGACAGGUUGGCUGAGCAAAUGCACAGAGCUUGCCAAUACCAUUCCAUCUUUUUUAUGUUUGAGGUUCAUUCUAGGAACAACUCUGCUGAUGUAACGUGAGGAGGCCGUCAGCCAUGACCCGUCCCCUGCCAGUUAUCACCAUCCACCUCUACCCCCAGUGAGACACACAGCACUCUGCUCAUCGCCUGUGCAUUACAGAUGCUCCUUGGCACACAGUAGGGUCAUAUCCCAACAAACCCACCCUACUUGAAAAGACAUUCACAACUGCAUUUAAUACACCUGACUCAACAAACGUUGUAGGUCAGCCCAGCCUACCUGAAAUGUGCCCAGAACACUCCCAUUAGCCUAAGUUGGGCAAAAUCAUCUAACACCAAGGGUAUUCAAUAAUAGUGGUGAAUGUCUCAUCUAACUUAUUAAAUAUUAUAUAGAAAGUGAAAAUCAGUGGUUCUCUUGGGCACACUUCCCACCAUUGGGAAGCUCUAAAAUAGUGAUUCUUUUGGGCACACUUUCUACCACUGGUAAGUUCUAAAAUCAGUGGUUCUCUUGGGCACACUUCCCACCAUUGGGAAGCUCUAAAAUCAGUGGCCGUAUUGGGUAGCUUUCCGCCAUUGUGAAGUUCUCAAUCAGUGGUUCUAUUGGGUAGCUUUCUGCCAUCGUGAAGUUCUAAAUCAGUGGCCAUAUUGGGUAGCUUUCCGCCAUCAGGAAGUUCUCAAUCAGUGGUUCUAUUGGGUAGCUUUCCGCCAUCGUGAAGUUCUAAAUCAGUGGUUCUACUGGGUACGCUUUCCACCAUCGUGAAGUUCUAAAUCAGUGGUUCUAUUGGGUACGCUUUCCGCCAUCGUGAAGUUCUAAAUCAGUGGUUCUACUGGGUACGCUUUCCGCCAUCGUGAAGUUCUAAAUCAGUGGUUCUACUGGGUAGCUUUCCGCCAUCGUGAAGUUCUAAAUCAGUGGUUCUACUGGGUACGCUUUCCGCCAUCGUGAAGUUCUAAAUCAUGGCUCUACUGGGUAGCUUUCCGCCAUCGUGAAGUUCUAAAUCAGUGGUUCUACUGGGUAGCUUUCCGCCAUCGUGAAGUUCUAAAUCAGUGGUUCUACUGGGUAGCUUUCUGCCAUCUUGAAAUUCUAAAUCAGUGGUUCUACUGGGUACGCUUUCCGCCAUCGUGAAGUUCUAAAUCAUGGCUCUACUGGGUACGCUUUCUGCCAUCGUGAAGUUCUAAAUCAGUGGCUCUAUUGGAUACUCUUUCACACCAUUGUGAAGUUGAAAAACCUUGGCUGUUUUGGGUACACUUCUUGCACAUUAUGUUAAAAAGAUGAAAGUUGAAAUAUCUGUAUAUCCAGACCGUCUAUAUUUGUAGAAUGUAUGUUACGUGCAUUGUUUGUACACAGGGAUAAUCACACCUACCUAAAACUGCUAUGUGGAAAUUAAAUGUUUGGUACUUGUAAACUCUCUGAAAAUGUAUCUGGGGUAUUGUUUCARAUCAGUAUUUAUCACCUAUUGUUCUUGUGAUCAUCACCAUUAGUGUUCUUAGUGAGUUAUCAAGACCACCUGGAGUGCAGUGAGUUUAGAAGAGAUAAUCGAACAUCUAGGUUUCAGAGAGCACAGAAGAUGACUGUCACAUCUUGGGCUGGACAGUCAUGUCRGUGCACAGAAGGCAUGGACAUAAAAGGUUAAGUGCAAGGCCUGUGAAAUGAUGCCGCAAGAUGGAGAAAGGGCAAGCAGAUGCUCACUCUGCAUGCACCUACGAGGGACUCAGAAAACAGACCAGCUAAGAGGGGAAGAGUAAGCACUUCACCGAGAAGGCUCAGCCCCGGGGAAGCACAUGGAAACAAGCUCAGCAUUGUGGCUCUCCAAGUACAGUGCCAGUGAAGACGGGGGCGCCGGAUGGCACAGGUCAAAGUCACAGCAGCUGAGACUGUACUUCAGGUGUCUUACCACGAAGGACAAGUGAGGUGAGGACGUGUGUGAUUCAGUCAUUCCACAUUGUAUACACGUAUCAAAA